UUGGAAUUGAAAUGAUGCCUUUUUGGGAGCUUUUUUUUGUGCUUUUCUAUAAUUUUCUCAGCUCUCCAGCCUUGGAGAAUCAUCUUCAUCUGACCUGGAAGCUCUUAAGCAAGGUCUUCAUGUCCUUCUCUCCAAGGUUGAGCCUUCGAGUCGAGCAGAGUUGAUAGAGGAAUUUCAGAAAUUAGCUGGCUGAUUAAACUUGAUAUGAAAUUGAAUUUAUUUUGAGAUGGCAUCCUCCUUGGAUUCAUGGAUGAGAGAGUUGAAUGAUGCGUCGAAGCUGGCUGAUGAUAUCAAUUCCAUGAUUUCGGAAAAGGGCUCCUUACCUCCAUCAGGACCUGAAACUCAGCGCCAUAUGUCUGCUAUUCGGAGGAAAAUAACUAUUCUUGGGACAAAAUUGGAUAGUUUAGAGUCAAUGCUUUUAAAGCUUCCAAGCAAGCAACCGAUGACUGAAAAGGAGCUCCAUAAGCGCCAAGACACACUUUCAAAUUUGAGAUCGAAAGUAAAGCAAAUGGCGUCCGCAUUAAACAUGUCAAAAUUUGCUACUAGGGAAGAGUUACUUGGACAAAGUAAAAAAUCUGAUGAGAUAAACAGAACUACAGGGUUGGAUAAUCAUGGUAUUGUUGUUCUGCAACGGCAAAUUAUGAAAGAGCAAGACGAGGGCCUCGAAAAGCUGGAGGAAACAGUAUUGAGCACAAAGCAUAUUGCAUUGGCCGUUAAUGAAGAGCUGGAUUUACAAACUAGAUUAAUUGACAACUUGGAUGAACAUGUUGAUAUUACAGACUCUCGGCUUCAGCGUGUGCAAAAGAGGUUGGCCAUCCUUAACAAGCGUACGAAAGGAGGCUGCUCGUGCAUCUGCUUGCUCUUGUCUGUCGUUGUCAUCGUCAUGUUGGCUGCUGUUGCUUGGCUUCUUUUCACUCACUUGUAAAAACCAUUUUCUUGCACAAUUCUCCUCUGGUUUGCUCUUUUCUCAGCGUGAAAUCUUAUUUCAAAAGCAGGCACUGUGCUUUCCUUGAUUGUAUCUGCAAAGAUUUGGGUUUUAUACGUUGAAAGUGUGGUAAUUCUGUAAAUGUGUUUUAAGUGAAAAAAAAAAACCUAUGAAAUAUGUUUGUGAGCAGGAUGUUUUCUGUGAACUCUUUCAGUAUAUACUUGUUUGUCUGU